GGCGGGCCUCAGUCAGUCCGUUAGUGGUACCUACGCCUUCAAGGUCCGCGUCCUUGAAGCGAAUACACUCGUUCUCGAUCUACCUGAGAGAGUAGCCAAAGAUCUCAGGGCGCCCGCGAGCGCUGUUCCUCGAUCUCGACUUCUUUUCCGGAAGUGGUGCCGGGAAACUCGCGAGCUCUUCGUUCGAAUACCCAAAACGGCCCCCCUCUGAUCAUCCCAUCGUCGAAUUCGACACGAGUGAAACACAGGCCAGUCGGACGCGUGGAUAAGUCAGAGUCUCGUGAGUCACGGAACCUCCAUCGGGAACCGGAAGCGCCGUUCCUUCCGUUGGACGAGGAUGAGGUCCUCGCUGGUGCUGCUGUUCCUGGCAGCCAUCGUUCUCGCCGAAGGCUCGAAUCGUGUGAAGCGACAGGAGGAGAAGAAAGAAGAGAGCUUCGAAAGCGAGAUCUGCAAGGACAAGGAUGCGGGCGAAUGGUUCCGAUUGGUGGCAGGAGAGGGUGACAACUGUCGUGACGUGAUUCAGUGCACCAGUUCGGGUCUUCAGGCCAUCAGGUGUCCCGCGGGACUGUAUUUCGAUAUCGACAAACAGACCUGCGACUGGAAAGACUCGGUGAACAACUGCAAACUGAAGAACAAAGAAAGAAAAGCGAAACCCCUGCUUUACACCGAGGAACCGCUCUGUCAAGAUGGCUUCCUCGCUUGCGGCGAUGGCUCUUGCAUCGAGAGAGGUCUUUUCUGUAACGGGGAAAAGGAUUGCGCCGACGGAUCUGACGAGAAUAUUUGCGAUAUGGACAACGACCCGAACAGAGCGCCACCCUGUGACCCUACAGUCUGCGUUCUACCCGAUUGCUUCUGUUCCGAGGACGGUACCACGAUCCCCGGAGAUCUACCUCCCAAGGACGUACCGCAGAUGAUCACUAUCACGUUCGAUGACGCCAUCAAUAACAAUAAUAUCGGACUGUACAAAGAGAUCUUCAACGGAAAACGCAAGAACCCAAACGGUUGCGAAAUCAAGGCCACCUUCUUCGUCUCGCACAAGUACACCAACUACUCGGCUGUCCAGGAAAUGCACAGGAAAGGACACGAGAUCGCCGUUCACUCUAUCUCUCACAACGACGACGAACGUUUCUGGUCAGACGCGACGGUGGACGACUGGGCUAAAGAAAUGGCUGGUAUGAGGAUCAUCGCGGAGAAAUUCGCUAAUUUAACGGACAACAGCGUGGUAGGUGUGAGGGCUCCGUAUCUCAGAGUCGGUGGAAACAAUCAGUUCACGAUGAUGGAAGAACAAGCGUUCCUUUACGAUUCCACCAUCACCGCGGCCUUGAACAACCCACCGCUAUGGCCUUACACGAUGUACUUCAGAAUGCCGCACCGUUGCCAUGGAAACCUUCAACACUGCCCGACGAGGUCGCACGCAGUCUGGGAGAUGGUGAUGAACGAGUUGGACCGCCGCGAAGACCCACAGAACGACGAAUACCUCCCCGGUUGCGCCAUGGUAGACUCGUGCAGCAACAUCCUAACCGGCGACCAAUUCUACAACUUCCUAAACCACAACUUUGACCGACAUUACGAACAAAACCGAGCUCCCUUGGGCCUCUACUUCCACGCAGCCUGGCUGAAGAACAACCCCGAAUUCUUGGACGCGUUCCUUUAUUGGAUCGACGAGAUCUUGUCCAACCACAACGACGUUUACUUCGUGACGAUGACCCAGGUGAUCCAAUGGAUCCAGAAUCCUCGCACGAUAACAGAAUCGAAGAGUUUCGAGCCGUGGAAGGAGAAGUGUAUCGUGGACGGACCUCCCGCUUGUUGGGUUCCUCACACCUGCAAACUCACCUCGAAAGAGGUUCCUGGAGAGACCAUCAACCUUCAGACCUGCGUACGUUGCCCGAAUAACUAUCCAUGGGUGAACGAUCCGACCGGUGACGGUUUCUUCUAAGCCCACAGUGUCGCGUUCCUCCUUCUCGUCUAAGUCAAACCCUCUGAUUCUCCUCUUGCCUGUCGUUUUGGGCGUUCACCUUUGAUCUUCCUUCGAUCCUAACCCUCUCAUUCUCGUCCUGCCAUUGGUCGAUUAUCCUUCACGAGUUUCACGGUGGACGUUUUCGAUCGGGGAACACGGUCGGCUGGGCUUUCAAAAAGAUUACUUCCGUUACGAUACAGGGUAGUUGUAUAAAAUUUUAAACGGAGCCUUUUGAUAGACUGUUUUUAGAGGAACAGUUAAUAACAGAGGAUGUAGCAGAAAGGGGCUCGAAGACGUGAUUGUCGAUAAAGAUGAGAAUCGAGCUCUCCCGAUCGGUUCGUCGACGAAAACCGUCUAUCACGUCACCAACGAUCUGUGAUAAUUUUCAUGCGGCUCGAGAUUCAGCGACCAGGACGACGAACGCAACGACGAACGCGACAAUGAACGCGACGACGAACGCGACGACGAACGCGACGACGAACGCGACGACGAACGCGACGACGAACGACGAUACAGCGAACUAUUCUUUUUCUCUCUUUUCUCUCCCAUUUCUCUCCCAUUUCUCUCCCAAACCCACGACGAUUUCACCCUGACCUCCGCGAAACCUGACCUGGAGAGAAACGACGCGAUCGUAACGCGAACACGAAAUAAAAAAGGAAAAGUAAAACAAAACAAGGAUUACUAUCAUCGUGUGUAAUAUAUGAACGCGUGUCUCAGCCUGUCCCUGAAAAAAAAGACGGAUCCCUGACACAUGGACGGAGGACACGACGGAUUUAGCUGGGAGGUCGGGCUGCGGUUGUCCUAUUGACCCCAGGAAAAAUGAAAAUAAAAAUCGAUGAUCCCUCAGCGACCGCCAGAACUCCCUGUCACAAAAUGGCGGACACCCUUAUUUUUAAAGGGUUAGCCAAACUUUUAUAUAUAUAUAUAAAGAAAUAUAUAUAUAUAUAUAUAUAAAUAUAAAAUAUCGUGUAUGUAUAUUUUUUAAAGCUAAGUGAUAAUUAUCAAUUUUACGUUCUCGAUGGA